AUGAAUUAGGCUGCAAAGUAGCAACAGAGAUUCAUAACAGUCUCUGUGCGCGAUUUAGAAUUAAACUAGGUGGAAGAUAAACCUCCUUUGAAUGAUAUUUCAUGCUGUCUUACAGUUUUUACAGAAGAAAAAGAUAGUAAAAAUGUAAACAAUCAAUUUUUCGAUCUUCUUCUUCUAAAUGAUCCUCAAAAUUCAGCGAAAUUCAAGUUGCUCAAAGGAGAAAAUUAAUUUUUAAAGGUAUAAUUAAAAACUCUUUCUUCACAAAGGCUAAUUGCCACUGUAAAUAUAAGUCUUUCCAUUUUUGCAGAGUCAAAUAACAUUUCGAUAGAUUAAUGGAUUAAUUUAUCAGUGUUACAAAAUGGGGAUUCAUCUCCUCAUGUAUCUUCUUAAAAGCAAAGUUAUGAGGGAAAUGCUAGGAUAAAAAUGAGGUUUGUGGUUAAUGAAUAAGAUAAUGCAAAGAAAGUAGAAGAUCCUUUUAAAACACCAGUGGAUACAGAAAGGGUUAACCUCAAUACCACUCUUUAGCCAUGCGUUAAUUUUCCUAUCAAAGACGAAAAGAGGAAAUACGAUUUUACCCCAAUAUUGAAUAGAGAAGAGCUAGAACAGACUUAAUAGUCAAUACAUAAUAUUGAGAGUAGACUUGUAUUAACACCUGAAAGAUAACGUAUUAUGGAGAAUUCAGCUGUUUUCUAGAAUAAAUUUUAAGAGCUUAUAGAAAAAUUAAUGGAAACUAAGAAUCAAUCAUUAAUCUUAGGAGUCACAAGGUAAUUAAAUGAGAGCCACAGAAAGGAUUUAGAAAAAAACAAUUUAACAGAAAUUUUAAAGCGUUUAAAUGAGAGUCAAAACUAUAUAGAGGAUGAUUUAAUUGAAAAUAAUGACUAGUAUCUCAAUAAUAUCAAUUUAUCUCUAAGUGGAAUACAUUAGUUAAGUAAAAAGCAAGGAAGUCCUGAAUAGACUAGAAGAAAUAAAUGCGAUUUAGAAGGAGAAAUAGCAAAAUUAAGACUUGAACUUGAAAAGAAAUAAGAAAUCGAACAGCUAGCCAGAGAUUUAAAGUUAAAACUAUUUAAUUAAGAAAGAAAUAAUGAGAAUCUGUUGAACUAGUAUAACAAAGCUGUAGAUAACUAUCAGAAGUAUUUUGCAGAGAUCAAUUAAGAAAAUUUAGAGCUAAAGAAAAAGAUUGUUGCUAUCGAGAAAGAAAGCUAAUAAAAGGAUAAAAUAAUUUAAGAAUUGAAAGAUUCAUUUGAAGAUAAAUUAAAGCAAGAGAAAUCAAAAUUGUAAAAGGAGAUUAUGCAGUAAAAUUUAAAGAAAGACUUAUAAGAAGAACUAUUAAAGGAAAGUGAGUUAAAAGAGUUAACUUAGGACUAAAUGAGUUAAAAAAUUCAUGAUAUUUUAAUUAAACACAAGCAAGAAAUAUCUCAAUACAGUCAACUUUUGCUUGAGUCUCAAAACGAGAGUGUUGAAUAUCAAGCCAAAAUGAUUGAAAUGUAAAAGGAAAUUGAAAUUCUUCAAUAAAAAUUUAAGAACCAAAGUACCUUGCAAGGAGAUAAUUCAACUACAAUCAACAAUCCAAGUCUUUUGUCCAAUUCAGACAUUCAAAACUUAGAAAAAUCAUCAAAUUGUUAGACUAACUCUUCAAAGAAAUAUACUGAGGAAGAGUUUGCUUAUUUUGAAAAAAUCAUCAAAGAUAAAUCUCUAAGAUUAACUUAGCUAGAAACUGAAAAAGCUCAGAUAGAAUUUUCUCUUUAAAAAGCAGAGAUGAAAAUUAAGCAAUUAAAUGAGAAUAUAAGCUCACUAGAAAGUUAACUUUAGUCUUCUUCAGAGAGUAAGUCUGAGGAUUUUAAGGCAAUAUCAGAUAAUUUAAAAGCAAUUUCAGAAGAAAAUGCUAAAUUAAAAACAUAAAUCGAAGAAUCUGAAUAACUUAGAUCUACUUUGGAAGACCAUUUGCUCAAAACAAAAUAAAACUUCUCAAAAAAGCUGGAAGAGCUGCAACAAAAGUAACAAUAAACUAAUAAUGAAGCUAAAAUCAAUAAAACAAAAGAUGAAAGUGCUUCCAUGAAGAAACUAGUUGAAGAAUUAAAUCAAAAAUCUACUUUUAUAAAUGAGCUCACCUAUUAGAACAAAGACUACAAAGUUAAACUGCAAACUCAAUAAGAAAAAAUAAAAAUACUUGAAUUCAAUCAAAGUGAAACCGAACAACUUAAAAAAGCUGUAAGUGAUUUAGAAUCAGAAAAGGAAAAGAUUAACAUGGAUUUGUACGCAGUGACAGAAGAUUUAUUGAAAAAAACAACUGAAUCAAUAUCUUAAUAACAAGUGAUAACCUAACUUUCAGCUGAAGUGAAGAGACUAGAAAAGAUGAUUGAAGACUUGCUUCUUAGAAAUCCUUCCCAUUAGUUAAAUUAUAAUGCCAAAAAGGGAGAUGAAAUUGAUGAAAAACUCUGUGAGUUUUUAAGCAAUAAUGUAACACCUAUUAAAUUCGUUAGGAUUGAUGAAGGUUUGUAUAACUUUGGUACUAAAAGAAUCAUCGUUAAACUGCUCAAAGGAAAACUUGUUUGCAGAGUUGGAGGAGGAUUUAUGGUAAUUGAAGAAUUCCUUUAACUAUACACUUUAUAAGAGCUCAUUAAAAUGAAGCAAACAGGGGAUUAUUCUCUACUCAAUUACCCAAUCUCAGAAGAAAAAAUUGAUUAGCUCAUUCAAUAAGAUAUACAAUUCAAUUAGUAAUAGUACAAGUAACUUAGUGAAUAGACUAAUCAAGUACCAGCUUAAAAUUUCAAUCAAGGAACUCCUAAAUAAUAAUUAGAAAAUCUUUAAACUUAGCAAAGUUAAUAAAAUAAUUAUGGUCAGAAUCCUCUUAGAAACAGUUCUAAUUACAAUCAAAUAUAAUAAUCUCAAGCAUAAAAUAUCUCUGAUAAUUAUAGCCAACAAUAUGCUAAGCAUUAAAACCCUGCUGCCGUGACUGUUACUCCUGCUAUUUAAAAGUCCAGAGACUUUGAUAAUAUACCUUCAUAAGAGAAUAUUAAAAUCAGUAUUGACGAGUGCUAAAAAGAGAAUUAACAAUGCCGCUCAUCAAUUGAAUUGAAUCAAACUCCUUCUAAGACUGAAAAUAUAUACUAAAAGAGCACAAAUUUUACUCAGUGUAUGUAAUAGCAGCAAUAAUUAUCAUAACAGAAUAAUAAUAUAUCUAACCACACUCCUGUUUAUCAUAAUAGAUCUAUACGUAUUUCAACCAACUAGCAACCUACAUAACUCUUCUAAACAUAAGAAGAAAGAGCUUAACAAGUUAGUUAACAUGAAAAAAAUUAAGAAAUGCUUAAAUACUUAAUUGAAUAAGCUCACCAUGAUGUUCACUUAAGAAAUGAAUUAGAAUCAUUACAAUCCUCAAUACAACUGGCAGCUAAUAUUAAAGGAAGUGAAAUCAUGCGUAAAUACUCACAAAACUCCCAGAACACAAACCAGUAGCUACAAACAUUUGAGAAUGUUAGCAAUACAUUAAGUAAUAAUCAGAAUAACUAAAACAACGGAAGUAGCUAAAAGUAAUAUACUAUUGAUUUUACUAACAGUAAUUACAACUAUCAUGCUUAGUAGAAUGUAAAAACUUCAUUUAAUGGAAACAACUCCAGAAUAAGCAGUGUAAUUACCAAUAGUUCAUCAAGACCACCAAAUACCUAUUCUAUUCGUGCCACACCAUAAAAGCAGGCAUACUAAUAAGUAGAAUAAUUUUCAGCUAAUACAAGUGCUAUAAACGAAUUUACACCCCAGCAUAUGAAUGGUUCCAAAGCUGCCACUCCAAAACGUAAUAAUGAUCUAGCCUAGAGUGCAUACUAAGAAAGGAUAUUCAGAUAGUAUUCUCAUAAAAGAAAUGCUGCAGAGAAUUUCUCUCCAUAUUCGCACAACAGACAUUCAUCAAUAACAUCAACAUUUUCAGCUCAAAAGAAAUCCUAUUACCUUCAAAAAUAAUGA